CGGCCAGCAGAGAGAGAAUUCCCUGGUGAGCGGACCAACUUUUCUUCUUCCCAGAUCCAGAAAUGGCCUCCACCUUCCACCCACGAGAAUGUGAGCUGUCUAAACAAGAAGGGCAAAGCUAUGGCUUCUUCCUGCGAAUUGAGAAGGACACUGAUGGCCACCUGGUCCGGGUGGUUGAGAAGGGUAGCCCAGCGGAGAAGGCGGGCCUCAAGGAUGGAGAUCGAGUUCUUAGGAUCAAUGGUGUCUUUGUGGACAAGGAGGAACAUAUGCAGGUUGUGGAUCUGGUCAGAAAGAGUGGGAACUCCGUGACUUUACUAGUCCUGGAUGGGGAUUCCUAUGAGAAGGCCAUGAAAAAACGGGUAGACCUGAAAGAGUUGGGUCAAAGUCGGAAGGAGCCGAGUUUGAAUGAUAAGAAACUGCCCCCUGUGGUGAAGGAAGGAGCAGAGACUUGGACGCAGCCGCGUCUCUGCUACCUGGUGAAGGAGGGGAGCAGCUAUGGCUUCUCUCUGAAAACUGUCCAAGGCAAAAAGGGAGUGUACAUGACUGAUAUAACACCUCAAGGUGUGGCUAUGAAAGCUGGUGUCCUGGCCGGUGAUCACUUGAUUGAAGUAAAUGGAGAGAAUGUAGAAGACGCCAGCCAUGAGGAAGUCGUUGCAAAGGUGAAGAGUUCUGGAGGCCGCGUCAUGUUCCUGCUGGUGGACGAGGAGACUGACAAGCUCCACACCGAGCAGAAGACCAGAUUCAGGAGAGAGACGGCCAGUUUGAAACUGCUACCCCACCAGCCCCGGCUCGUGGAGAUGAAGAAGGGGAGCAAUGGCUAUGGUUUCUACCUGAGGGCAGGCCCGGAACAGAAAGGUCAAGUCGUCAAGGACAUAGAUUCCGGAAGUCCAGCAGAGGAGGCCGGCUUGAAGAACAACGACUUGGUAGUUGCUGUCAAUGGCGAGUCUGUGGAAUCCCUGGAUCAUGACAGUGUGGUGGAAAUGAUUAGAAAGGGUGGAGAUCAGACUUCGCUGCUGGUGGUGGACAAAGAGACGGACCAUAUGUAUAGACUGGCUCACUUUUCUCCAUUUCUCUACUAUCAAAGCCAAGAACUGCCUAAUGGUUCUGUCAAGGAGGCUCCGGCUCCCGCUCCCGCUCCUGUGGAGGUUUCAAGUCCAGAUACUACAGAGGAAGUAGGAGAUCAUAAGCCUAAACUCUGCAGGCUGGUUAAAGGUGAAAAUGGCUAUGGCUUUCACUUAAACACCAUUCAGGGUCGGCCAGGCUCGUUCGUCAAAGAGGUACAGAAGGGCAGCCCUGCCGAACUGGCAGGGCUGGAGGAUGAGGAUAUCAUCAUCGAAGUGAAUGGAGGGAAGGUGCUGGAAGAACCCUAUGAGAAAGUGGUGGACAGAAUCCAGAAUAGUGGGAAGAACGUCACACUCUUAGUCUGUGGAAAGAAGGCCUAUGAUUACUUCCAGGCUAAGAAAAUCCCUAUCGUUUCCUCUAUGGCUGAUCCACUGGAUGCCCCCCCUGAUUCCAAAGAAGGAACAUUGGCAGAACCAGAGCACGACUCACACGUGGCAAAAGAACGGGCGCACAGUACAGCCUCACAUUCUUCUUCCAAUUCUGAAGACACAGAGAUGUGAUGAGAGCAAACAGUGGCUUUGGCUGACAGCUGUUUCUGGGCGUUCAGAAAGAAUCCUUUCCCAAGGAAUGAGCUGCCACCCAUUUACUGUCUCUGUUAGAGAAGAGCUCCUCUGGGAACCAGUUCAUCACGUGUGACUCUCUUCUGUUGUCAUUUGCCUUGGGGGCAGAUACCGCAAUAGAUGGCUUAUUUAUGGUCAACUUAAGGCAGGAACCAGAUUCUUUUCAAGUGAUCUCUUUCAAGCUUCAACUUAACUACAUUUCUUUGUAUGAUGCUCUCUCUUAAUUCUAUAGGCUCCUUGAGCACCAAAGAUGAUUCACAAAUCUGUACACGUGAGAGCUCAUUAUAGUAUCUGAGCAGAUAAGCCUAUUAAAAUUAUGGUUUUGUAAGAAUGUUGUGGUUGCUAAAACAGAUGCCAUUAAGAAUGCCUUUAGAGUCUUCCUUGUUAGCUGAUCAAACCUUAAUAGUGCUUUUGUUUUUGGAAAACUUGCUUUUAUGCUUUAACUUUCA